AUGCCUGCCGCAAGCCACCAUUCGAUGCUUCAUGCUGCCUUCAUUGUGAGCACGGACUCGGGUCUUCGGGCUCAGGAUGACGACGAAGACCACAGCUUGAUGUACUCCUAUCCCGCCAACGCGCCAGCUGGCAGCACCGGCAGCUUCAUCAAAUCCUUUAGCUCCCUCAUCGUCACCGUUCGCGGUGCGCUGGACAGCAUCUGUGGGGAGAAGACUCGGUUGGUUCAUUUGGAACACGGCGGGAAGCGCUUACUGCUGGCGUCAGCGCAUCUGGAGUCAGUUAUGUUGGUCCUCGCCCUCCGCGCCGUGGUUCCCCCCGCCACCGCCACUGCCCUGGUGGUGCAGCUGGCGGAGACAUUGCUGCUGCUACUUGGGCCCUGUGCGGAGUGGAGGCUGGGGCUGGGGGAUAGAGCUAUUGUCGAGUACGGCAGUGNUGACAAGCAAGAUGACAGGAGGGCGACCCUGGACCGCAUAUUCGCGGGUGUCCUCAGUCAGGUGGACUGCCCCUCCUGGACCGUACGGAUGGCGCCAUGGAACACGUUUGAGGUCACGGUCGCCACGGACGCCUUUCGGGGCCUUAUCCUGUCAUCCGACAUGCAGCCCCCGCACGACCGGCAGUUGUGGCAGUUGCUGUGGGCGCUGGGGCUGCACCAGUGCGAUGCGGGGUUGCCGUGCCAGCUGCAGCAGCAGCAGCCGUCGCCUUCGGGUCCGUCACUGGCGACUGGCGACUGCUCCUCCCCCCGCCCGUUCAUGCGGACCUGGCCGGGGCCCCUACACAUACGCACAGCCGCCACCCCACCCCCCCUAACCCAGGGACAUCCCACCCCAAUCACCACCACGAACACCACCACCACCACCACGAACACCACGAACACCACUCGCCGGGCAGCGAAUGCCAACGCCUCCGCCGCCCCCACAACCGCCGCCAUCGGCGAUGACGGUGCCGUACCACCCGCUGCCGCCGCCGUCAGCUGCAGCAGUUGUUCUGCACCCGUGGGCUCCCCCUUCCCUGGAGUCGUAUUGGUGAUAGCGCAUGACGUCCCACACGGCCGUGUGAGGUUCCUGGGUGAUGUACCCACCAUCGCUAACGCCACCACCAUUACCGGGGGCCGCCCCGGGGCCCCCGCCGGUCACCAGGGGUCGCAGGUUGGGGCCGCAACGGCCGCAGCAGCAGUAGCGGCAGUAAGAGCAGCUGCAGGUGAUGAUGGUGGUAAUGCUAUUGCUGGUGGUGGUGGUGGUAAUGGUGGUGGUGGUGGUGGUGGUGGUGGUGGUGGUGGUGGUGGUAAUGGUGGUGGUGGUGGUUCCCGCGGGGUGUAUUGCGACGCUGCUCUAUCGGCUGUGUGGCGGGCGGUGGCGGCGUGUCGGUCCCGGUUCGGGCUGCACAACGUGGCGGUGGCGCCGCCAAAACACGCCAGCUCCCACAUCGCUCACCCUGCCUGCUACACCACCUGCGGCCGCUGCCGCAAUGUCGGCUGCAAAUGCUAA